UGCUCCAUCUCUCUUUCAGCACCAAGGACAGAGCCUCCGAAGGGUUGACCCAAGCAACACUCAGUUUAGGGUAGCUCCCAAACCCACUAGAGAAGACGGAUGCAUUCCAAAGCAGCAAUGAAACAUUCAGUAAGGUCUAAUAGGGAAGCUGGAAGAGCAGCACACAAGUGAUUUCACCUUAGAGAAUAAAAUGGGUGAUUUUCUUUCUGUUCGUUUCCACAGUUUCUGUGUCCUGGGAAAGGCAAAGUUUGCUUGGCUUGGGCAUGUCUGCUGUCGGCAAACGGCUGCAGUUUAGCUAAGGUGCUAAACUCUACAGUCUCCUGAAAUAAGAAGAAAAUUUCAGGGAAACUCCUUGGGAUCACUCCUUCCCCCGGACGAUGGCACCUCUGAGCCAGCUGAGUGGCCACAUCAACUUCACCUGUGAGGCAGAGAACGCCACGACUCCCAGCUGUGCCCGCCCACACUCCUAUUAUGCCCUCUGCUACUGCGCUCUCAUCCUCGCCAUCGUCUUUGGCAAUGGACUGGUGUGUGUCGCCGUGCUGAGGGAAAGGGCUCUGCAGACCACCACCAACUACCUGGUGGUGAGUCUAGCUGUGGCAGAUCUACUCGUGGCAACUUUGGUGAUGCCCUGGGUGGUGUACCUGGAGGUGACGGGCGGAGUGUGGAAGUUCAGCCGCAUUUGCUGUGAUGUUUUCGUCACCCUGGAUGUCAUGAUGUGUACGGCCAGUAUCCUGAACCUCUGUGCCAUCAGCAUUGACAGGUACACAGCAGUGGUCAUGCCCGUUCAUUACCAGCAUGGCACAGGACAGAGCUCCUGCAGGCGUGUCGCCUUCAUGAUUACGGCCGUCUGGGUACUGGCCUUUGCUGUGUCUUGCCCGCUCCUCUUUGGCUUCAACACCACAGGGGACCCCAGCAUCUGCUCUAUCUCCAACCCUGAUUUUGUCAUCUACUCUUCUGUGGUGUCCUUCUACCUGCCCUUUGGAGUGACGGUCCUUGUCUACGCCAGGAUCUACGUGGUGUUGAGACAGAGGAGACGGAAACGAAUCCUCACUCGACAAAACAGUCAGUGCCUCAGUGUCAGGCCUGGCUUCCCCCAGCAAUCUUCCUGUAUGAGGCUGCACCCCAUGAGGCAGUUUUCAAUAAGAGCACGAUUCCCAUCAGAUGCCACGGGGAAAAUGGAACAUUCCGAAGAUAAACAAUAUCCUCAGAAAUGUCAAGACCCUCUCUUGUCACACCUGCAGCCCCUGUCCCCUAGCCGGGCACAUGUGGAGCUGAAGCGUUACUACAGCAUCUGCCAGGAUACAGCCCUGAGAAGACCAGGCUUCCAAGAUGACGAUGGAGAAUUGAAAAGGCCGGGAAGAACUCGGAAUUCCCUCAGCCCCAACUUGGCACCCAAGCUCAGCUUAGAGGUUCGGAAGCUCAGUAAUGGCAGGUUGUCAACGUCCCUGAAGUUGGGUCCACUGCAACCUCGGUCAAUGCCACUUCGGGAGAAGAAGGCAACCCAGAUGCUGGUCAUUGUGCUUGGCACCUUCAUUGUCUGCUGGCUACCCUUCUUCUUGACCCAUGUUCUCAACACCCACUGCCAAGCCUGUCAUGUGUCCCCAGAACUUUAUAGUGCCACUACAUGGCUGGGCUACGUGAACAGCGCCCUCAAUCCUGUGAUUUAUACCACUUUCAACGUUGAGUUCCGCAAAGCCUUUCUCAAGAUCCUGUCUUGCUGAAGGAGGAAGAGAAGCAUCUCUGGGCCCACCUCUAAACACCAGGCCCUUGGACUGUUGGCCAGAGCAUGCUCAGAAACACUGAUGUGAUGUUCUAAGGCAGGUAUGUGGUAAGAAGGUCCCUGGAGCUUAGAUAUCUACAUAGUGGUUGUAACCCAACUGCUUCUUCCAAAACAGAAUGUUCUAUCCCUAGGUAAAACCUGACUUCAUUCUGCCGAUCUUCAAGUGGCAGUGUGGCAGGGAGUGUAAAUGAUAAGCAAUAAUUCAGACGAAGGCUCGUAAAUGACUCAACACACUCAAAAUUAUCAUCAGAAGUAUGACUCAUGGCAAUGAAGGACAAAUGAACAGAUCUCAUAAUUCUCAACUUGCCAGGAGUCCAGGAAACCAUCUUGAUGAAUAAGCAUUCUCUCUCUCUCUCUCUCUGUCUCUCUCUCUCUAAUUUCUCUUGCUCUCCUCACCUCUAAUUAACAGCUUAAUUUUGCAUAUUUAUGGGUCAACUCUCUUUUGUUCAUUCCUUGCUUCUUCAUUGUAUUCUAAAAUAGAAUUCCAAGGCCACUGCUUCUACCUCCUCAUAGAAUCUGAAUUUGGUGAAGGAAAUUCUUCACCCCCAAGGAGACACUGUCCCACAUUGGGACCUAAGAUUCAUUUCAAACCUGAUUAUCCCUGCAUUUUAACUCUUGCUUAGCAAGUCCUUUGAGCUCAUUCCUUUAUUCUUAGAGACUGAGGGUAUCUACUGAAGUUCUCUGCAAGAGUAUUGAAGUCUCAGCUCCAGAGUAAUUCAAGAUGGGAGUGUUAAAUGAAAAAAGGAAAGACUGCAGUACCACUGUUGAAACUUGUGAUUCAGAAUAUGCCUUAGAUGUGUUUUCCAUCAGAUUUUCCUGCCUAAACCAUAUCCAGCUACUGCUUAAGAGAAAUGCAAUAUUUUCAGACUCUGAAAUGCAUUCAUUAGUAUCUCCAAAGCUCCAGUAAAAUCCUAUAUGCUGGAUAUAAACCAUGACUAAAAUAAUCCUUGCCUCAAGGAGUUUACCACCUCUUUUUGCCCAUUUACUUGUGGAAGACAUAUUAAGAACUCACCUAGAUUUCCAGAGGACCCAGAACUGAAGGUACCAAGAAGAAUAACUCUCCAAAGUCAUCGCAUGGGAUGUUUUUGUAAAAAACCAAUAGAGCUCUUCAAAAUCAACAACUUUAAUAACUGAAAUUAAAGGCACAACUGAAAUUAAAGGCACAACAAAUUAUUCAUAAGUGCCAUCCAACCAUUUUAUUUAUAAGAAACAUGGAUAUUCUCACCAUCUAACUUUCUACCUACAAAAGCUAUUCAUUAUUGAUAACAAAGUCAAGAGAUAAUUUAUGGAUAAUUUAUCAAUUGUUGUCAUUGUGAACUUCAAUAAAUUUAAAGAUAAGAACUAUUACAGAUAGAUACCUGCUGCAAUGCUGUCAAACUUUGUCAAACAGAGCACAAGAACUUUGCAAGGAAUCAAAGACUUCCUCUAUCUCGUCUUUAGUCCUCUCCUCUUACUGUGUAAAUGUAGGAAAUAGAAAAUAAAAAUAAAGAUAAAAUACAGUUAAA